UUAACUAGUUAACUAGUUAGUUAAUUAUCCAGGCUAACAUCUUUAUUUCCAACUUAUGAAAGUAAUGACUUCUAUUGCGCUUGUUCAAUCAUAAUUUAUUGACGUCAUCUCACAGGACAAGGAAUCCAUGAAGAUUGAUUAAUCAACAUGAAUGACUAAUUCAAUCCCCAGCUCCCGCUAAGACGGCAGACUCCAAGCUCGGCGGGUGGUCCAGUUGACAGUGAUUGGCCGGUUUUGGAUGAUACGAAGAGGUGAACUUCGAGAACCAAUCAAACUUGCCUGUCUUUAAGGAACCCAGAAGCAUGUACGGAUCGACCCGUCCGUAAACGGAGGAAGGCUUCAGCAGUUCAAUAAUUAUUCAGCAUGGAGAUCGUCCUAAGCUUGUAGGUGGCGGCAACACGAAGCUCCACGUCCAAUUGCGAAAUCGGCGGGGUUGAGCACAAUCUUGGUUGGCACGCCCUUGUGAGACGACGCGGUGUCUGUAUACGGAUUGCGAUUAAUAAUAAUGAUGAGCGGUUGAGCGAUGAGGUCAUUUAUGGUCUGAUGGACUGCUUCUCGUUUAUGUCAAUAUGAUAUGCAGCCCGUAGAAAUGAGAGGUUUCAACAAAAAUGAGAAGACAAGAGAAAAUGGAUGCAUGUAUUUAUCCAGCUAUGCAAUAGCUCUUUAUUGUUUUUGCCGCCACAGGAAACCAUUCGGGUCAAAGCAGCUGUACAAAGUAGAAUCAGGUUCAACUCCGACAGCCAAUAAUAUACAGAAUGUUUCGCUGACAACUAGCGGGGGGUCUGAGCCCCUUCCCCAUAGUUUGUCCCUGGCCCACGCCCUGUGGUGUCAUUUUGUGGAGACCUGGAUCGCAGAUUAGCGAGCGGGAAAUUUUUUGUAAUUCAUGGAUGCCAUUGAGAGAAGAAGUGUUGUUCUUGUGACUCUAUACUAAGUUCGGAUCUAUAAAGAUGAGAGCUCGCCUCCCCAAAGACAUGUUCAUAUAGUACCAAAUAAUUAUUUCAUAGUCAACUUUAAAAAAACAGUUUUACCAUCAUACUUCUUUACUCCUUAUAGUUCCUCAAUCUGUGCUUGCUGCUGUUGGGCGACGCGUUUAUCAUCACUGAUCCCACUUGUCCUAUUUCCCCCUUGGUUCGUUCUCAAGGGAUUUAUAUACCCGCCCGAUAUAGGAUUUAGAUACGGAAAUAUAGACAGCACAAUGGCUACCUCAGUUACAGCCCGUAGCUCAAAUGAUUUCGAUACCCUCUCUCUACGCUCGAAGCCUUCGGUGAUAAUUUCUCUCAAGAAUCAGCAGGGAUCCCCAAUCAACUCAUAUACAACUCUUGAUAAAAUCGAAGGAGAAGUUAGCGUCACAUCUGAUUAUGAUGUCUGCUUUACAAAUCUCUCUAUUUCUUUUGAAGGCACAUCUAGAACCGUCAUAGAAUCACCUGGAAUGUCAGGUCCUGCCAUUGGUCGAUAUUCCGCAUUUCACACGUUUUUGCGCCUUGUGCAGCCGAUCGAUGAGCAACAAUAUCCCCAGGCUGGGAUUAUCAGUGCAGGCCAAACAUAUACAUUCCCCUUUACCUUCGUUGUCCCUAAGCAUUUGCUCCCCAAUUCAUGCAAUCAUAAAUGCAAUCAUCCUCAAGUCCACGCGGAGCACAUCCUCUUGCCACCGUCGCUAAGUGAUCCAACGAUAUCGGGGAACGGGGGCACGCUUCUCGAUGAUAUGACUCCCCAGAUGACGCAGAUUCAGUACGCGGUUAGGGCCCAAGUUUUCAAAGCCAGCCCGGUGGAUGCUUCCCUCAAAGUGCUUGUGGACACCAGACAGAAAGUUCGUGUCAUUCCGGCAGUGGAUCAGGCUCCCCCGUUGAGCGUUCUGGACGACAGCGAGGAGUACCGAAUGCGCAAAGAAAAGGACGUUAAAAGAGGCGCCCUAAGGGGCAAAAUCGGCCGAAUCGUUAUGGCCGCAGGCCAACCAAAAGCAAUCCCCGUCCCAGCAUCAGCUGCAACUCAAUCAGCAGAGAGUACUCCCAGCACCAUGGUGACCUUGCAUCUUCGAUUCGACCCUACAGACGAGAACCAACAACCUCCCCGCCUGAGCAGGGUCUGGACUAGGCUGAAGGUAAACACCUUCUUUUCGGCCGAACCAUGGGCCGACAUUCCUACCAAGAAUACAUCAUUAAUGUGGGCCCUAAACCGAGGCGUCUAUACCGAUACCGUUUCUCUCGCAUCUCGCUGCGUCGCAUCCGCAAAAUGGAAGAAGCACACCGGCACCUCCCCCUGUCCCUCUGCGGCAUCCUCCCUUCACCGCCGGGACUCCUUCCAAUCAACAAAUUCAGUCGAGUCCCUCGUAGGCCCCAGCGCUGAAUACGCAGGGGAGACCUACUACACUGCGGCCAUCCUGGUACCGAUCAGCCUGCCACCCACACGUGCAUAUGUCCCCACAUUCCACUCCUGCCUCUCAUCGCGCACCUACGCGCUCGAAAUCUCUCUUUCCUACAACACACCCAGCGCCAGUCUAACCGUCCCCACACUGGCUGUCCGUGUACCCGUUCAGAUAUCCACCACAGAGAGCCUUGCAGAAGCUUCUGCAGCGCGUGGGACGCCGGAGAGGAGCAGAAACAGAAACACCGGUGACGAAUUCUUCACACCGCGCAGCAUCGCGCCCCCACAGGUACAUUUCGCUGAGCGCUCAUCGGCGCUCUCGACAGGGCCCGGCAGGGGACGAAGCGAUACAGUGUUAUCAACAGAAUCUACCCUGAGCAUGGCUCCCCCGGAGUAUUCGAACGCUUCGUCCCCGUUGGCCAGGCGGCGGUCAAAUCCAACGAUUGUCAGGGCUGCUUGUUGAUUUAACAACCAAAUAACCGCAGCCAUACGGCUCGAUGUAUCGAUAUUUAAUUUGGUUUUGGCGCUUUAUGCAUGGGUCCUUGGGAUUCGGUUUUCUGUUUAUUCCAUUAUAUUUCAUACCAUGACCUCGAUUUCGGUUUACGAUGACGAUUUUCUUAACACGCGCACUCACUUUCUUAUAGUAAUUUUUUCUUUUAUUUUUCUUUUCAGAUAUCAUUUUGUUUUUCUGUUGUCGUUGCGCUUUUGAAUGAGCUCUCGAAUAUACCCUACAUAUGCAUAUCUCAUUCUGUCUUUUUCCUGUUCACUGGUGUUUCCGGUUGAUCUUUUUGUCACGGCCCAAAACACGAUAUAGUAAACUGCUGGACGUAUAAUUUGUCACUGAAAAGCCCUGUUGUCUUUAUUGUUUCCAUUUCAUAUCUUUCUUGUUUCCCUGGAGGUUGCCACAAUAUUGCCAGAUUCGUCCAAUAAAUCCCUGCCACAAAGGCCAGUUGUUAAUGAACUCCUUGUGAUUUCCCUGGUUUUGCUCGGGUAGCUUCAAUGGCUCCUAAGAAGGAUGGGAAUUUCUUGUCUGCAUUUUAACAAAACUCGCUCAGCAUGUGAUUUAAAUAUGUAAUACUUUAAUGGGAUAACCUUAAGUCUAUUCAUA